GCAAAGCACGGAGACACGGAGGUUACCAGUGUCAAUAUUGGUGCCGAGUGCAUGGAUCUCGACCGCGUCUUGUCCGUGACCACGGACGUCGUCGAGCUCAAGCGGCUUCGUAACCAGGUCCACCAGCAGCGCUAUCGCCAGAAGAAGAAGCGCUUGGUCGGGCAGCUCGAGCGCCAGGUUGUCGACCUCCGUGCGACCGUCGACCAUCUCCACCUGCGAUGGCGGCGCUUGCAAGAAGAGAAGAGAGCCUUGUCGGCGCCUGCGCUCACAAGCGACGGCAGCGCCCGCCUCGUGCACACGUACUACACGCUCUUUGAGCACGGCCGCGGGACGGGCGCUGCGGGCCUCGACCAAAUCGCGUUCCUGCGCUCCGUGAUGGCACCCGACUUGGAUUUUAUGGACGACAAGGUAGAUGGCCUGGCCAAGCUUGUCCAGCAGUGGGACGUCUACUCGUGGGUCUUUCCUGCGCUGCAGCUCACGGCGCUCCACGUCGAGGCGCCGAUUAUCACCGACGACCAAGAAAUUGUCCAUGCGCACGUCACUUUACAGCUGCAACUCUCGCCGACGGCCAUCGAGACGAUUUACCCGGCCUUGCCGCCGAAGGAGGCCGCGCUCGUGGUUGGGCGCGACCUUCUCGUGCCGAUUUCGAUGCAUUUUUAUAUCAACGCGGCAACGCGUCAAGUGUGCGCGCUGACGACGCACGCUGACAUUGCUGUCGCUGCGUUCAAGCUGCUUGGCGACCUCCGCGCCAGCACAACCGUCCUCGAACGCUCACCGCUGCGCCAUAACGCCGAGCUGAACGUCAUGCAACUGUAAUGCUACGACCGCGUGUAUUAUUCGACUGCAUUUGCGUGCGCUCCACGAGCGAGCAGCGAGAUGCUAGCAGCUAUAAGGUUGCUUGUAGGAGACGUUAUCGAGGGCCUCAAAGUGCCAUGAUCACGCGAUGUUCCACGCCCCAUCCAAAUCGGAUCACCGCCAUGAUCCGUGGCAGUGAAC